GUUACGUAUUUCUCGUCACCAAGUUUGCUGCAAUCGGAGUGGGCAGUCGGGCAGGUACGUAGCAGCCACGUCAAAACUCCAGUGGCUUCGUCACUGGUGGAGACCACGACCUCUGAGUUGCGCGUCACGAUCAAGAUGGCAGUCACACCGUCGUGAUCGCUGCUGCCGCCGUCGUCGUUGUUGUUGCUGCUGUUGCUCCUGCUCCUGCUCCUGACGGUUCAUUCUCUUUCCACCCUCCGUCCCCUCAUAAUCUGAUCUCUUCUACGUUCUACACGCAACACUUUCAGAAUACUACCAAAUUGCAAAAAUCAUCCAAAAUGACAACACUAUUUUGAAACACGUUAUUUAUAAAAAGAUAUUGCAUACCGGAAUUUAAACUCGGCAUAACGUUUCUGUGGACUAAGGACUUUUUUUUUAUUGUGUAUUUAACAUGCCAUCAAUGUGACAUUUAGUUGAUUUUUUUUACACUAGUGGAUUAAGGACUGGUGAUUAAACGGUUAGGUCAGAUUAGGCCAGGUUAGGCAUUUUAUUUCUGUAAGGGGUGGUGUGGGAUUCCCAAAGAUAAGGUCUUAAAGGUUCCAAUUGAUCCUACGCACAAGCAGCGGAAAAGUACUGUGUUUCUGAUAUUUAAUUUGAGAAUUAAUUAUCGUGAUAAUAAUACCAGAAAAAUGAAACAGUUACGUUGCAUUAGCAUUAUAAGUAUUAUAUUAUUCUUCUAUGUUGAAGCUGAAAAGAUACCAAGACAAAGUGUGAUAAAGUUAUCAGAUCGCACAAUUUUAAACAUCGAUACAGAUGAUAAAUUUAUUAUGGCAGCGCAUGAUGAUGGUUGCGAAUGUAUAAAUUAUGACUGUGGAUGUUGUACAUAUAUUGUAUGGAAUGCAAUUUCAUUAAAUGGAAAAUUAUGUGCAAACGCAAGCUAUUUAGAACAUGAUUAUGGGAUUUCACUCACGUUAACAUUCAACAAUUUUUGUAUAAUUAACGAGACAGUUUCAGCUCGAAAUCCACCACCUAUUUGUGCAGGAGAGGAUAUUGUUGAUGCAUUGGAAGUCGAGAUUUGCUUACGUAUUUAUGAUAUAGAUAUUGAAUCUGACAAGUUCCACGCAUGUUUUGAGAUUUUAGGGAAAGUUCUGAAAUUACCUGUUUCUUCAAUAAAAUUAGGUUGUGUUGACACAAAAUUACACAGAAAGAUGCAGUACAUAAUAGACAAUACCAUUUCUAAUCUAUUUAUCAAUGUUAGCCCACCUGUUGAUAGCCACAGGCAGGAACAAAUGAUUGCUGCUUAUAGCCAAGGCUCCCUUCCCUCGCAUUCGCUAAUAGAGGUCUUCCUUUUCUUCAUAUUUUUUUAUUGGAUUUCUGUUAUUCUUGGUACAAUAUUAUACUGGUAAAAGUCUACCGUAUAUCUUCAUCAAUAAAAAUGAUUUUUAUCAACAAAAAUGCGUGACAAGGCAUCCACGGCUAUGAAUAGCUUUAUUUCUUAAAAAAGAGGUUGAAAGAUUUUAGCAUGAUAUAGAGCAUUUUUAAAUAAGUAAUGUAAAAUUUUUAUACAUAUACCAUAUAUACUUUUUUUUAUUUCUGUGUUAUAUUCACAAUAUAUAUUUUAUAUUAAAACAUUUAAGAUGUGCUCACUUAUGUAUAAGACAAUUCUAUGUUUGUUUGAUAACUAUUUUCUAUUGUAGACAUAAUUUUUUUGUAAUUUUAUAGAUUUAUUAUACAAAUUAUAGAAUUGUUGAUUAUAAUCCUCAACAUUUUAUACAUUUAUUUUAUAUAUUCUCAUUAUUUCAAAUAUUACCUUCUUUCUUUGUUAUUAUAACUCAUUUAAUUAUGCUAUUUGUAAUUUUACAUUUCUAUCAGUAGUUUUUUCCACUCAGUAGUGCAAUUAAAAAAAAAAAAAAAA